UGGUUGGCGACGUUUGAGGAAAACAUAUGUUUUGAGGCAAUUUGUUACGUCCUUUUACGUUCUGCGUGUGGUAGUGGAGUAUCUCCAAAAUGCUUGAUCUCUUCACUAUAUUCAGUAAAAGUGGAAUUGUUUUGUGGUGCUUUCAAGGCACAUCGCAGAUAUUUACUUCUCCUGUCAAUGCACUUAUACGUACUGUUAUUUUACAGGAAAGAAGUGGAAAUGAAAAUUUUACACAUGAAGGCCUUACACUCAAGUACAAACUGGAUAAUGAAUUUGAGCUUGUAUUGUUGUUGCCUAUCAAAAAAUAUUGCAGUUAUCUUACGUAGAUAAAUUUCUAGAUGAUGUUCAUUUGGAGUUUAGGGAUAAAUACAUGAAGCAAUUAGAAGAUAGUGACUUUUUUUCAAAUUAUGAUUUUAGUAAGGAGUUCCAAAAAGUAAAUUUUAAAGAAAGCAGAGGAAUAUGGUCGUAAAAUUGCAGACCAACCAAGAAAAAUGAGAACUUUUGAUGAAUCUUUGAAGUCUAAGAAAACCAUUGCUUCAAUGAUAGAAAAUAAAAAUGAUCCUAAACGAAAAGAGAAAGAUUCAUCAAAGAAUUCGGGUCCAAAAAAGGAUGCUAACAAAUUGCCUCCAGCAAAUUUAGCAAUAACUAAUGAUAAAGAGAAUGAUAUGGAAGAAAAUGAUUCUGUUCUUAAGAUGCGCUCAAAAUUUUUACAAAAGCAAGGGAAAGGAAAGAAAGCUGAUACUAAAAAAAGCCCUGCUCCAAAAGAUAAAUCAAAGAAACCACGCAAAUGGGAUGGUGCUGGCUCUAUGCAAGAAGCUAGUGUUUUGGACUUCAGCAAGAAAGGGGAGAAUGGUGUACCAGAGACUAAUGGUUUUGACACAUCUGAAGAAGCUUUCUGUGACAGAAUGGAAGUUGGAAAAUACCGAGGUCCGGUGAAAAGAGUUGAAACAUCCGAAAGUGAGGAAGAAUCAGAAGAGGAGGAGAUUGAAGAGCAGCUCAAGAAAGGCCAGUCAAAAGGAUAUGGCAUGUUUAACAUGUUCAAAGGCCUCGUGGGUCAGAAGAAUGUCACUCGUGAAAAUAUGCAGCCCAUCUUGGAUAAACUCAAGGAUCACAUGAUUACUAAAAAUGUGGCUGCUGAUAUUGCUGACAAACUAUGCGAAUCUGUGGCAACCAAACUGGAAGGUAAAGUCCUUGGUACAUUCACUGGUGUAACUUCAACUGUAAAGGCCACUCUUGUUGAUGCCCUCGUGCAGUUGCUGUCCCCCAAACGUCGAAUCGACAUCUUGCGUGACGUGAUGGAAGCUCAGAAAUCUCAUCGUCCUUACACCAUCGUCUUUUGUGGUGUGAAUGGAGUUGGAAAAUCAACCAAUCUUGCAAAAAUUGCAUUUUGGUUGAUCGAGAAUGAUUUAAGAGUUCUUAUUGCUGCCUGUGAUACUUUCCGUGCGGGUGCCGUGGAACAGUUGCGAACCCACACUCGCCAUUUGAAUGCCCUUCAUCCCCCCGAGAGCCACAACGGUCUGCAAAUGGUGCAGCUGUAUGAGAAAGGAUAUGGAAAAGAUGCAGCUGGAAUUGCAAUGGAAGCUAUCAAUUAUGCCAGAGAUAUGAAGAUUGAUGUGGUACUUAUUGAUACUGCGGGUCGAAUGCAAGAUAAUGAACCUCUGAUGCGAGCAUUGGCCAAACUGAUCAAAGUAAACAAUCCUGAUCUGGUAGCUUUUGUGGGUGAAGCUCUAGUGGGAAAUGAAGCGGUAGACCAGCUAGUGAAAUUUAACCGUGCCCUGGCUGACCAUUCCAGUCAAGAUAACCCUCACCUCAUCGAUGGAAUAGUGCUCACCAAGUUUGAUACCAUUGAUGAUAAGGUUGGGGCUGCUAUAUCAAUGACGUACAUAACUGGUCAGCCGAUUAUCUUUGUUGGUACUGGACAAACUUAUACUGACCUCAAAAGCCUUAAUCCUAAAGCUGUUGUUCAUGCUCUUAUGAAAUAAAAAUAUAUAAACUAUUAAUUAAUCAAAGUUUUACUCAUGCAUGUAAGCCUUGCCUAUUCAGACUGUUUUACAAAAACUCUAAAUGUACAAAACUUAAGAUUAAGAAUAUGCAUAUAAAUGGAGUUCACUUUCUGUAGUUUUAAAAUAUUUAAAUACUUUACGCCUAUUUUGGAACUGUAAUGUCGUAAAAGUUCGUUAAAUAAAUUUAGAAUUGUUUUGAAUAUGCUGCUAAACUUUUCAGGGCAGAAUUUAUAUAUAUAUAUAUAUAUAUAUAUAUAAUUUAUACAUAAAUGAAGUUCUCUAGAUUAAAAAAAAUAUUUGUUUCUUAACAAGUACUUGAUUUUGUAUUAAAACUAGUCAUUAAAACAUUUAAUAUAUAAAUCAGUAUUCUAUCAUUGAAAGUUUCUACUAAAAUGUUGGCUUCUAAAUGUAAUUUUAUUUUGUUUAUUAGUUUUUAACUAAAGGAAAUUGGAUGUGUUUCAUUUAGAUUGCUGUUUUUAAUACUUCUUUUUAUUUAAAAUUCUCAUUUUUGUAGUUCAAAAAUAAUUUAAAACAUUUAAAUUAUACAAUUAAAUUCUGCAUAGUAAAAGCUUAUGUAAAGUACUUUCAAGUGCAUUAGACCUAUAGACUUAGAGAAGUAAAAUAUUUUACCUGGUUGCUCAUCUCUGAUACAAAAAUUUUUAACUCGGGUAAUUUUUUUAUUAAAAAUUAUUGCAUUUUAUAUGCAGAUUUUUUGCACCCAUUAGUAAUUGUUUGGUAUGUUAUUCUGCAUCUUAAGUUCUGGUAAUGUUUUAUUUUCUUAUAACUGAACACAAAGCAGUUUUUUUUUUUUUUUUUUGUCUUUUCUGAGUUACUGAGUACUUGUGUAUUAAUGUGGUAAAAUAUGGAUUCUGAUUUAAUUCACUUGUAGUUAAAUUUCAUUUGUCAAAAGUGGAUUAAUUGACAUUAUUAUAAAUAAUUUGGAAAUAUUUGUAUAAAAUUAUAUUCAUUCUUUUAGUCCCUUAUGAAUCAAUCAUAUUACAUUUUUUACAUAUUUUAUGCUGCUUUAUCAUUAACAAUCUCUGAAAAUUUAAACUGCUAUUUUUAUAUGAAAAACUGAUCUAUUGGAAAAGGAAGAAUUCAAAAGUUUAUACAAAGGAAAGGCAGUUGUUUAAGAAAUAUAAAUUAUUUUAAUUAAUUUUUUGCUAUGAGAUAAUGCUGGAAUGUGAACCUAGUAAUUUAUAACCGCUGCUAAAAUAAAGUAAAUGCUACUUGCUGUGUCCUCUCCGUAUGAUCACAUGAGUUUUUAAAGUUAUGAGUUAGAUUUUCGAAGUUUUUUGCUGACAGUAGAAAAUUAAGUAAGUUGAUUUCAGGCAUUAAUACACAAAUACCAUUUAUUAUUUGUAAGUUAUAUUUAUUACCUUUAAAUUGUUACUUACCAUGCUGUGUUUGAACUGAAAGAACUGAAUUUAUGACUGUUAAAAGCAUUCCAAUUUUAUACAUUAUUGCAUGGUUUUGCAAAAUGGUUUUUAUUUAUAGUAUAACCUCCUUUCCACCUAAGGAAAUAUUUGUGAAAUCAAAAGAGAAAAAAUUAUGGUUUUGGAAAGUUAUAUAUAUUUUCGAGAUUAAAUAAAAAGCUACUUAUAUAAAAUA